GCCAACUCUGGCCAAAACGAAACGCAAAAAAAAAGCUCUGUAAAUAUCAAUGAAAUGUCAUUUUCACUCUAUAGCAUUUUGUUAUGUUGCGCAGCAGGGAAGUUGGGGUGCAUCCUGCUCUCAGGCUAGAUAACACUUGCACUUCCCACUGCUGAAUGAGAAGGUGGGAAAUCGAGUGGUGAGAAGACACAAAAGGAUACGCAGCUCUUCUUUCGUGAGACACAGUGGACAUAGGGCAUUUUCCACCUGGCACAUCUCUUAAUGGAACAAAUGUGGACUCAUCAGGAGCGGCCAAGCGGGGCAUGGCUUUAAGCAGUUGGCUUGUUUAUGUGUCUGUCCAGGACUGCUGCUGCUCUGUAUGGUAGCCUCUGAGAUGUGGGAUGCCGAGACCAAGCCCAUAGACUUUGUGUGUAAUAGAGCCGCCAGGAGGGCUAUGAAUGUUGUGGCAGAGUUGCAGAGUGCACUGAAAGACUGCAAUGACUCAAUGACCCUCUCCACACCAGUUCAGCUACCCUGCACCGAGCUUCACGUAGCAUCUUGGGAAAACAAAUCUCACCAGGAGAGAAGAGGAGACAUAGGUGCAUCCUUGAGGCUUCUUAUCGAAGGUGUGAAGGUUAUGAGGGCUCUCGGCCAGGCAGGAUGUGGUGCUUUGCUGCUGCAGAGACUGGAGCACAACAUCAACAACUACCUGCUCAUUCUCACACACCUUCAGCUGAGUCAGGGGCCAGUUGAGAGCUCAGAAUUGUCUUGUGUUCCUGGAAGCACCAAGAGUCUCAGCACAGUCCUGUUGAACUACAACCGUCUGAUCUCAGGCAAACUGGAGCGGUUCAUGAUUAACCUGGAAGACAGAUGCACUCCCCAGUGACAAAAGGACAACUUCAGUGGACCAGAUGGUCUUCACUUACGGAGGGACAAGUUCAACGCUGCAGGAGCCCUAGGUCAAUAAAAGGAGAAAUGAAAGUCCACAAGAGCAAAACAGCAGGAGUGAUCAGGAUUUUCUCGUCUUCAACCUUCUCUGCUGGUGCAACUACAGCUGAAGAAGUAGAGGGAAAUGAAAGAAAUCAAUAUGUUUGCAGCGAUGAACAUUAUGGAUAAAUGAAUGUAGAUAAUAGGCAUGCAGUUUCAUAUCAAGAUACAUAGAACAAGCGAUGCUUUGAAUUAAGCACUUAGUCUAUAGAACAAAUACAAGCCUACAAUGUACUAAAAAGUCAGGCAGGUAAUUUUCUUUUUUGUAGCCUACAGGCAGCUUCUUUGUGUACCCUCUGUGACUGGAUAUAAACCUUUCUGCUUUGUCCUGAAUUGUUGUAAAUACCCUCAGAGGUUGUUGCACAGCACUGAUCACCUGACCAAAACAAGAAAUGUCCUCUGGGUUUUCUGGAAUCAUGUUUUUAUGCCGGACUUACUUUUGCUCUUUUGCUCUGCUCCGAUUACCAAUAUUAGCCAGACAGUCUGCUAAAUUUACAAUUUAUAUCUGCUUUUAAAAUACACUUAAGCUGACUGAAUGGAAACCGGAAAGUAUUGCUAGACCUUUUUGGUAUGGGUUAAAUAUUUAAGGAGAGUUUAUUCUCAUUGCACUUCUAAUUUCUGUUUACAUUUUUACUUUAAAGGUUAUUAAUUUGCUGUAAAUAUGCUCAUGUUCCUCUGUGUUGCCUUUUUGUCUAUAUAUGAACAUUUUAUUUCACAUUUCUUUGUGAAUUUCUGAUGUAAAUAUUCAGAUUUUGCAUCAAUGUUGUUAAACUUUAGCCUUAUAUUAAUAAGAAUGCUGUGUAUGAUAUAAAAUACUUAUUCAAUUAAUAUCAUCCAAUAUAAUA